GAAUUAUUUUGCCCUACGCACUCACUGAAGAAGCGCCGCAUUUUUGCAAACAUGGCAGCGCAGAUGGCGACUACAAAGGUUCCAGAAGUCCGUGACAUCACGAGGAUUGAGAGAAUUGGAGCACAUUCACACAUACGUGGCCUUGGUUUAGAUGAUGCAUUGGAACCUCGACAGGUGUCCCAGGGCAUGGUUGGUCAGUUGGCGUCCCGUCGUGCAGCUGGUCUCAUCCUUGAAAUGAUUAAAGAUGGCCACAUUGCAGGCAGGGCUGUCCUGAUCGCAGGCCAACCUGGAACUGGAAAAACUGCCAUCGCCAUGGGCAUUGCCCAGUCACUUGGCCCUGACACCCCCUUUACGGCCAUGGCCGGCAGUGAGAUCUUCUCUCUGGAGAUGAGCAAGACAGAGGCCCUCAGCCAGGCUUUCAGGAAAGCCAUCGGAGUGAGGAUCAAAGAGGAGACAGAGAUCAUUGAAGGAGAGGUGGUGGAGAUUCAGAUUGACAGGCCGGCUACUGGAACGGGUGCCAAGGUGGGUAAGCUGACCCUAAAGACUACUGAGAUGGAGACUAUCUAUGACCUGGGUAGCAAGAUGAUUGAGAGCCUCAGUAAAGAACGUGUUCAGGCUGGAGAUGUGAUCACUAUUGAUAAAGCCACAGGAAAGAUCAGCAAGCUGGGCCGUUCCUUUACCAGAGCCAGGGAUUACGAUGCCAUGGGUGCACAGACGCAAUUCGUCCAGUGUCCAGAGGGGGAGCUACAGAAAAGGAAGGAGGUGGUGCACACAGUGUCUCUACACGAGAUCGACGUGAUCAACAGUCGUACCCAGGGUUUCCUGGCCCUGUUCUCUGGGGACACCGGAGAGAUCAAGGCCGAAGUCCGUGAACAGAUCAACGCCAAGGUUUCGGAGUGGAGGGAAGAGGGCAAGGCUGAGAUCAUUCCUGGGGUGCUGUUCAUUGACGAGGUGCACAUGCUGGACAUGGAGUGCUUCUCCUUCCUGAACCGGGCCCUGGAGAGUGACUUAUCACCUGUUCUAAUUAUGGCCACCAACCGGGGAAUCACCAAUAUCCGAGGCACCAACUACCAGAGUCCCCAUGGCAUCCCAAUCGACCUGCUGGACCGCCUCCUCAUCAUUGCCACCUCGCCCUACACUGAGAAAGAGACACGGCAAAUCCUUAAGAUCCGGUGUGAGGAAGAGGACGUAGAGCUAAGUGAGGAGGCUCACACUGUUCUGACUCGUAUUGGCCAGGAGACGUCGCUUCGUUACGCCAUCCAGCUCAUCAGCACCGCUGGCCUGGUGUGUCGCAAGCGCAGGGGUACAGAGGUGCAGGUUGAGGACAUUAAAAGGGUCUACUCCCUUUUCCUGGAUGAGGCCAGAUCAUCACAGUAUAUGAAGGAGUAUCAGGAUUCAUUCCUCUUCAACGAGACAACACAACCUACAAUGGACACCUCUUAACUGAACCAGGCGGCAGAUCCUUUUAUAGCACGUUCCCCUGUUAUAUUUUUCUGUUGUUUUGUUGCCAUUCUCCAUUGGUGUUCUCCAUUGAGGCCUUUGCUGGAAUAUCCAUUCAUUUGUUGUUGUGUUGACCUCAUCUUUUGCCUUAGGUGCAAUUUAAUUGUACAUUAAACUUACAUUUUCAUUAAACUUAAAAAAAAAAAAUAUUUUCUGAGUAAGUUACAUUCCCUUUUAAAAAGUUACUUAAAUUGAAGUAGUAAAAAUUGUAAGGCGUUUUAAUUUAGGACACAACUCCCUGAAUUCAAUAGUGCAGUGAUCUCCAGUACUAAUACUGGGGUGCUAACUUGCUGUAUGUUUUCACUCCAAACCCACCUAUAUCUAGCCCAUGCAGUUUAUUAACCAGCUAAUUAUUAGAAUAUGGUGCACUAAAUCAGGUUUGCAGUGCAAACAUACCAAAUGGUGGCUCUCCCAGAGCAGGGAGGGCAUUACAAAAGGCAAGAUAAGUUCAGGACAAAAUAUUCAGAAUGUCUUAGAUUUGAAAGCCAUGCAUUUUCACAGAGAUCAAAUGUUAUGUGGCAGUACAUAAACAUUUUCCCUAUUGCAAAGAGCCUCAUGAGGUACCCCUAUUCUGACAAAGAAUGUGGUGUGCUAUUUUCAAUUGUGAAAUAAACAGUAUUUUUAGAAAAUGA